AUGGCCGCUGUCGCCAUUCCCCAGUUGCACCCUGCCGCCCGCGACACCUCCUCAGCACCCGCACGAACCCGCUCUCGCACCGGCAACCUCCUCAGCACCGGCUCCAAGCUCGUCAAACGCGCCGUGCGCGAGAGCCGCUUCGUCCCGACCGAGGAGUUCGACCUCGGCAGGUCGACCGUCGAGCUGCUCGGCAGCAGCAGCGGCGGCGGCGCGACGAGCUUCGAGUCGCCUCGGCGAUCCAUCGAUACGGCACGCUCUGAGCAGGAACCUGGCGUUCAGUCUCGAGACGUCGGCGAGCUCGCGUGGUACGACGAGCACAUCCCGACCGGCGGCCUCGAGGCGCAGCCGUAUGCGCGCGAGCCGCAGUACUUGCUCUCGUACUCGCGCUCGUCGCUCAACUGGGAAGCACUCGUUGGCUCGCUCUUGAGCGCGACCGCGCAGGGCUCGCUCGCCCACGCGUCCUCGAGCAGCUCAGACAAGGCGCCUCGACACGUGCUUGACCUCGGCUGCGGGCCGACGCCGUUCUGGAUCAUGGCGCAGGCGAUCGAGCCGGGCUGGGAGAAAACGCAGUUCGUCGGCCUCGACGUCGCUCCUACGUCGGCCACCAUUCCGCUGCCCGCCUCGUACGACGAGCGGGUCUCGUUCAUCCAGCAUGCCCUGCCCGAGCGCCUCCCGUUCCAGGACGACUCGUUCGACCAUGUUCGCCUGUCUUUCGUCAACCUCGCGCUGCGAGAGCAAGACUGGCAGGUCGUCUGCGAGGAGGCACUGCGGGUUCUCGUACCGGGCAGUACCCUCGAGAUUGUCGAGAGCGAUCAUCACGCGUUGCGGCAUCGUCCAGAUCCUUCCAUCGACUCGACCGACCCUGUCGACCUCCUGUUCGCCGACGUCCUCGCCGACCGCUUCGUCAACCCUCGUCCCCUCACACUUCUCCCCUCGACCCUCAUCAUGUCGGGCGCGACCACCUUGCGCUCGACCGGCCGCAUCUCGCUCAGCAUGCCUGCGCCCGUCAACGACGUCUCGCCGUCGCCCGAUUCCGCCAGUCGGCCGGCCGCCGCGCACGAGCCCCUCGCUCGCUACGUCUCGGGCCGCUCGAGCACGUCAACGGCGAUGCACACGCACGAGACGGCCGUCGUCCUGCACGCGUACGCCGAUCGAUGGGCGUCGUCGUCGCUCGGGCUCGCCAAAGCUGCCGUCGGCGCUCGGCGCCGGGCGAGGUCCGUCUCGGGUCGGCAGGGCAGCUCGCUCCAGUCCGACACGUCGGCCGCCGAGCGCGACAUGCAGCACGACAUCGAGGCGGUCGAGGACGUUGUUCACGCGUGGGCGGACGACCUGCGCUCGCGGGCGAACCUCGCGAGCCUCGUCACCUCUCGACUCGGUUGGGAGCCAGCCUUCGACGUCGCGCUCGCGGCGUCGCUCGAGACGGCGCUCGAGACCAGCAGUGCCGGCCUGCGCGAGGUCGAGACGCACCGGGCGCUGCACGAGGACGUGUUCGGCGAGCCUGACGUCGAGCUCGAGAGGCGGUGGCAGCAGAUGGAUUUUGCGAGGCGGGACGCAGAAGCCGACCUCGCCGUCGUCAGGUCGAGGCUCGAGCAUUCGUCGGAGCACGAGGACAUCCUUGGCGGCCUUGACUUUGAGGUGUUCGUAACCAAUGCGCCGGUCUCUCGGUAA